AUUCCAACACGAUUCGAAUGCACCUCACUGAGUCAGGGUUUCUAAUUUCUAACCCAGAAUUUGGAUGAUGUUAGUGGAGGGAAACACGUGCUGGUUUAUGUUUUUUAGUCAUGCUACAAAAUGUAAAACAGCAGGUCUAGAUAUUGCCACAAUUAGCAACAUUUAUAAUAACUGCUAAGAUAUCAACAUGACAUAUUACAUUGGUGUUGAUGUUGGAAGUGGCAGUGUUAGAGCUGCUGUUAUUAGUGAACUUGGUGCUAUUGUGUCCACAGCAACUAAAGAGUUGAAAAUAUUUCAACCCCAACCUGACUUUUUUGAACAGUCAUCAGAUGAUAUUUGGGAAGCUGUAGUGUUUUCUGUAAAGGAAGCUAUCAGACUAUCAGGAAUUAGUAAAAAUGCUAUUACUGGAGUGGGAUUUGAUGCUACAUGUUCUUUAGUUGUAUUAGAUAAAGAUAAUCAACCGCUAUCAGUUUCUCCUUCUGGUAAUCCAGAAUGUAAUGUUAUUAUGUGGAUGGAUCAUAGAGCUAAAAAACAAACUGAAAAAAUAAAUUCCACACAACAUGAAGUAUUAAAGUAUUGUGGUGGAGCCUUGUCCCUAGAGAUGGAACCACCCAAGUUGUUAUGGUUGAAACAGAAUUUAAGAGAGCAGUGUUGGAACAAAGCAGGACAUUUUUUUGAAUUACCUGAUUUUUUAACAUGGAAAGCAACUGGUAGUUUAACUAGAUCUAUGUGUUCGGUAGUAUGUAAAUGGGGAUAUAUAGCCGAUAGUCAAGGUAGGAGAGAAUGGAGUGAAAGUUUCUAUAAAAUGAUAGAUUUAGGAGAUUUAUUAGAAAAUAAUUAUUAUAAGAUAGGUAAUGAAGUAAAGUUACCUGGUGAAUGGUGUGGUGGGUUAUUACCUUCAACUGCUAGAGAGCUAGGUUUAAAUCCUGCUAUAACAGUUGCUACACCUAUAAUAGAUGCCCAUGCUGGAGCCAUAGGUUGUCUAGCAUGUUCUGCUGAAGAUCCUGAGUUCCCCAUCCCAUCUGGUAAUUGUUCACAGCGAAUGGCUGUAAUAGCUGGUACCUCUACUUGUCAUAUGGUGGUCAAUCGUGACCCAAUAUUUGUUAAUGGUGUGUGGGGUCCAUAUUAUUCUGCAAUAUUACCUGGUUGGUUUGCUAACGAAGGAGGUCAAAGUUCAACAGGAAAACUAAUAGAUUUUGUUCUUGAAAGUCACCCAGCUUAUGAAGAAGCUGUAGAAAAAGCCAAAGAAAAAGAUGUCCAUCUACAUAAUUAUUUAAAUGAGUUAUUAGAUGAUAUAGCAGAAACAGAAGGGAAGUACUCUAUAGCAGAACUGACAAAUGACUAUCAUAUGUGGCCUGAUUACCAUGGCAACAGAUCUCCUGUAGCCGAUUGGUCAUUGAAAGGAAUGCUGAGUGGUUUAACAUUGUCAUCAAACUUAGAAACAUUAGCUGUAAAAUAUUUAGCUACACUACAGGCAUUAGCUUAUGGUACGAAACAUAUAAUAGAUGAAAUGAAUGCUAGUGGUCAUGAUAUUUGUUACCUAUCAAUGUGUGGUGGAUUAUCAAAAAACAAUCUGUUUAUACAAACACAUGCAGAUAUAACAAAUUUACCAAUAAUACUACCUCAUACUAGUGAAUCAAUGUUAUUAGGGUGUGCUAUAUUAGCAGCUAGUGCGUCUGGUCAUUAUUCUAGUAUACAGGAUGCAAUGGAGAAAAUGGGUGGUAUGGGAACUGUUAUUUUUCCAGAUUCAAACCUUAAACAAUAUCAUGAUAAGAAAUAUAAAGUGUUUUUAAAGAUGUUAAUGGACCAAAGAGAAUAUCGUAAUAUAAUGGCUAGCUAGCAGGACAAUAUUAUAUAUUCUAUAGAAAUCGGACAAUUCAAGCCAAAAAUAUUACCUUCACAUACUGUGAUUGAUCAUAAUUUGUAUAAUUAGUCAUAAUUGGUCAUUACUAUACAGAUGAUAAUAAUUGUACAGAGUAUAACUGUGUAUAGUCAAGUAAAGAUAUUUGUACACAUCUGGAAUUUAUAACAAACAUACACAAGAGAAGUUGACAUUAUUUUUAUGUAGUCAAAGUAGAAAUAGACACAAUUUAAGUAAGACCACUGUUUUGAUUAUUUAUCCUUUCCAAAAACAAAUAUGGAAUUUAAGAUUGAAAAAUAUCAUUCUUCUGAUAAAAUUGAUAGUAUGAUGUUUAGUUGAACUGGGCUCUGGUGUUGAUGAUUUAAAUUGUCCAUGAACUUGAAUAAAUGUCUUUACUUUGUCUCAUUACCGGAACAUGUACAUGAUUAGUACACCUUAUGGUUGAUAUGUUAUGAUUGGGACUAGGUUAAUAUUUGAUAUUAUAAGUGGUUAUAUAGCUUC